AUGCCUACGAUCCACGUGGCGCCCCCAACAACCCCACGCGGGAGGAGUGCGCAACAACACCAGCAACGGCAGCAGCAGACACCGCCUCGCGCGGAGGCUGUAGGCGUCAACGUGUCUACCACGUCUUCUUCAUCUUCUAUUUCGCACUCUGUGCUUCUGCAGCCCGCCGCAUCACCGGCCACAUCAGGAGUGGCAAACACACAACCUCCCGCUGCACCUGCUGUGCCUGUCCCUUUGUUGGGCUCUGUGUGCUGCGCCGUUCUUGCCCCUUGCGGCUGCCUCCGGCUCUGGGAUAUUCAGGAACCCCUCCGUGACUGGCGCAGGGCCCACCCCGUCGCGGGGGCCCCUGCCGUGCCGCUUUUAGGGGGCCGGAACGAGGUGGGCGUCACUUUCUCCUUCAGCCUCAGCGACGUCUGGCGUAUUCCGACAGCGCUUCGUGGAGUGCUGCAGCCCGCUACCAGCAAGGGUAACAGCUGCUGCGUCGGCGACAGCACUGCCACUCGGCGGCGGCAAGCCCCUCCCUUUUUCUCCUUUAACCCCUCGGCUGCCGUAUGGGCUGGGAAGACGGCAGACAUGAGCCACGCAAAGCUGCGGCUGAUGUCGGAGCCUGCGGCCCUUUGGGGCUUUGUACGUGGGCAUCAGCAAUUGCUGCGAUGGCCUUUUGCUGCCGGCAGCAGCAGUGGCAGCCGCAGCAACACCAGCACCCACUGCGUGAGCUGCUGCUUAGCGGAAAGUCAAGGAGGAGUCUACUUUAUUUCCUCGUUCUCUGACGGUUCUGUCACUGCAGCGCACCUAAACGGGACAGACACCUCUCGACGCAGCAAGCCACAGCAGCCACAGCAGCACCCGCAGGAGGAGGAAGAAAGAGGCGCAGCUAUUGGCAGGGGGUGCUUUAGCAUUGGAGGGGGGACGCCUCUUCCUUGGCCUCCUCCUGAGCGCCCCCACCCCGCGAUUUUUCUGUUGCCGACUCCAGCGGGGUGUAUAGACAGCCGAAUUUCUGCAGCAAGUGCGGUAGGAAGAGGGGCUCCUGGCUGCAGCGGGAAGAAGACAGUCGUAACGGCGCUGUGCAGUAUCAGCAGUCUGCUCGUUGGCGGUCUUACAAACAGCGGGGACCUUCUUCUCUGGUGUCUGCCGACUUUCGCCCUUGCAGGAUUUCUGCCACAGGUUCUGCCGUGUGCAGCCGCGGCUGCUCACAGGGUCCUCUCUGCUGCAGGGGGCAGCAGCAGAGCUUCUUACGACAGCUGGUGCUUCGCCGCAGCUUCCCUUUGCGGCACACUUGCCCUCAUCGACUGUAGCAAACUGUUGACGCCUGCUGCAACAGCAGCCAGCGGCGGCAGUGGGGGGCCCCCUGCCGCUGAUCCUGCAACAUGUGCCGCGACCAACAAACCCCAAGGGAAAUCAAAACCUGUUCGCCUCUUCGCCGCACAUGGAGUUAACCCGGUGGGGAGUGGCUCUGGGGCACUUGCAGCUACCCACGACCUCGUGCUGUUGCUGCUAUGCAGCACUGCUGCAGCUCUUUCCUUUUUUGCGUCCUCCGCCGCUUCCGUUAUACCCUGCAGUGCUCGGAGUGGAGAUGGCUCUUGCAAUUCCUCUUCCCUCUCUUGUGCUGAAGGCGAUGGCCGCCGACUUGCUGCAGCAGCAGCACACGAGAAGUGCCUCCGUCCUGCGGUCCUCGACACCGAAGCAGUGUUGACAGCAGCAGCCGCGGCUGCUGCAGAAGCAGCAGUAGGGGCAACAGAAGGCCUUUUGCAUUGCCACGGCGGAUUUUUCGGAACCGCCAGUGAGGCGCUACCUGCUGCUGCUGCUGCAGCACUUGCUGCAAAAGCUGACGCGGGAGCCUCAGCGGUCCUGGAGGGAGCAGUGCGGUGUGCAGGAGAUGCAGCACGUAGCCACCUGCUGCGACGGAGACGGCUUCCCUUCUUAAGGGGCAAGUGCCGCCGUAUCAGCACCAGCAGCGUCAACGACCUCACGGAGACAGCUCUGCGGCUGCCCUCCCUCCGCAGCCUCAAUUCCGCUGCCACCAAAGCAUUGUCUUCCUUCCAACAAACCCCUCCCGUUGCCACGGCAACAGUUCCGGGAAGGACCGAAGGCUUGCAUGAAGCUCUGGAUCUUGCAGUGUCUUCUCUUGCCGCAACGGCUCGCUCUUCAGAGUGCCCGGCGGCUUGGGGUCUCUUGGGGACGUCUGGGCGCAAAAGUGCCUCCGUAGGAGCAGCAGCAACUGCUGCUGCAGACGCAGCUCUAAGCAAACGCGUGGCAGCUAUAUUUCGAAACCGGUGUCAGCAGCAGGUGCAGCCACAGCAGCGGAUAUGGAUGCUGGAGCUGUCGGGAUACAAGCUGCAGCAGGGCUCCGAAGCUUGGAGCUCUGAAGCUGACUCAACGCGCUCACCAGCACCAGCAGAUGCAGCAGGAAGAGGGGUGGGGAGAGACACUGAGUUGCUCUCGGCUGCGGCACAGGACGACUUGGCAGCUGCAACGGCAGCAGGGGAAGCAGCAGUCGGUCUGUGUCGUGCGGUCCCUGUAGACACGGUGGUGUGGACGGUAACUCCUGCAGCAGCUGCGGCGACAGCAACGCUCCAGCAGCUGCAGCUGCAUUCUGCUACAGCAGGAAGCGGUCCGCUGCUGCUGCAGCAUUCUCCUGUGUUGGUUGCAUCCCCCUUUUUGAAGGCUAUGUGCCUUUCUUCCUUCUCCUUGCUGCUACGGUGUUGCUGGCUGCCAGUGCUCGGCCUGGAGGAAGAGGAGACAGAGGCCCUUGUUGCUGCCUUCGAGAAUUCCCUUCUGCAUGCCUUGAGGAGCCAGGAGGAGGACGUUGCCGCCGCAGCAGCUCAGCAGCAGCAAGGGGAGUGGGUUCUUCCUCCCAUCAGCUUGAUCGCUCUUGCGUAUUGCUGCCUCCCGCAGGCAAACCAGGGGCAGCCCAAUCCUGGUGCAAUGCAGCUGCUGCAGCGUGCCGUCUGCUGCAGCAGCAACAGCAGCCUGCUGCUUCACAUAGAAGCGGCGAUGAGACUGCUCUGCUGUGCUGCGGCGUGGGGGAUCGGGCCUGCUGCUGCUGCGGCAGCUGCCGCUGCAGCGGCUGCAGGAGAGCCUCACAAGCACUCCACGUCGGUGGACGCCGCCCUUGUGCUGCUCGCAAAUGCACUGUACCUGCGCCCAGACUUCUGCAGGAUUGGAAGCAUUGAUGUAGCCGCCGUGGUGACUCAGCACCUGGUGAGGAUCGUCCUCCUUGAGUCUAUGCCUUCCUCCGUUGAAACGAGGCCAACAGGAGCUGCAGACGCCUCCAGUGCUGCUGCUGCCGCUGGUAGGCCACAAGCUUUGGGUCGGCUCUCUCUUGCCGUGAAGCUGCUGACGAGGGGUCUCGGCCUCGCUGCAUCCCUUUCCCUUGUCGGAAAAGCAGUUCUCUGCCUGCCUCGCUUGUGUAGACUUAGCACAGCUCCUUCAGCCCUUCCCGGAGCCGUACAGUACUAUCAGUUGCUGCUGGCCGUCUUCCCUAUGUCUCAAAGACCUGCAGAAACGCCAGACGCAGCAGCAUUUACUGCUUCCGUUACUGCUCUGCUUCGUCGGCUUGUGCGCAUUGACCUCCCUGGAGCAACAAGGGCCCUCUCCAAGGCGGCACGGUUGGAGGAGACAGGCGGUCAGCAGGCUGCCCCAGCUUUGCUCUUCCUUGUGGACUGCUUCACGCGGUGA